AUGCCGAACGAGCGCAAGGCACUGAGGGCGUCUGCGAGGGCGCAGCGGAUCACGGGAGCGCCCAUACUGAUACAUCCGGGAAGGGACGAGACGGCCCCAUUAGAGAUUAUCGAGGUGCUGCGCGAGGCCGGAGCUGACCUGGAGCGCACAAUUAUCGGGCAUUUGGACCGCACGGUUUUUCUACACGAUACGCUGCGGCAGAUUGGGGAGAGCGGCUGUUACCUGGAGUGGGACCUGUUCGGUUCAGAGCAGUCAUACUAUGGCGCGAAUUCCGCGAUUGACAUGCCGAACGACGCCAAGCGAAUGGAUGACAUAGCCUGGAUUGCGGCUCAGGGCUAUGAGCGCAAGAUACUGGUGGCGCACGACAUCUGCACGAAGAGCCGACUUGAGCGGUACGGCGGGCAUGGAUACGCCUACAUACUGGGGAAUAUCGUGCCACGAAUGAGAGCACGGGGGUUCAGCGAGGCGGCGGUCGAGAAUAUCCUUGUGAACAAUCCGGCGACGGCGCUGACAUUUGCCGCACCGGAGGAGGGGGAGGCCGACGACGAAGAGCUGGUUUCAGCGGUGGAUAGCGCGGACAUAGUGUAUCUCUCGGGCGGCAACCCGGCUCACCUGUUGGAGGUGCUGCGCGGGUCGCUUCUCCUGGAGAAGAUAAUGCAGGGAUUGGAGCGGGACCUCAUUUUGGCCGGCUCGAGCGCGGGAGCGAUGGUGAUGGGCGAACGGAUGCGCUUUCGGCAGUGGGGCGAUGGGCUGGGCAUCGUGCCAGGCGAGGGAAUUGCAAUGCGACUGGAAGGUAAAGUUGCGCUGAUUACGGGCGCAGGUUCGGGCAUCGGCAGGGCGACGGCGAACAGGUUUGCGGCUGAGGGCGCGAGUAUCGUGGCAUCAGACAUAAGCGAAGUGGCGGCGGUUGAGACGGUUGCAGCUAUCAGAGAGAGUGGCGGCGAGGCUAGGGCAGUGAGCGGCGAUGUCGCGGAUUAUUCGGACGCCAGAGCGAUGGUGCAGGCCGCAAUCGACGCUUACGGCAAGCUGGAUGUGCUCGUGAACAGCGCGGGGAUAAGCACAAGAAACGCGCUGCCGGAAGGGGCGUCGCACGAGGAUAUAUGGGACAAGGUGAUGGACGUGAACCUGAAGGGCACCUAUCUAGUUUCGUGGCAUGCGGUGCCGGAGAUGGAGGCGGCGGGCGGCGGGUCUAUCAUCAACCUAGCGUCGAUUAUGGCGCUGGUGGGGUAUCCGGUUGGAAUGGGCGGCGGGUUCAAUCCGUACAACGCAUCGAAGGGUGGCGUGCUGCAGUUCACGCGCAACCUCGCCAUUGAUAUGGCCCCAAAGCAUAUCCGCGUGAACUGCAUUUGCCCGGGCUAUGUGGAGACCAAUAUGACGCGGGCACUGACGGAGAACGCGGAGUCUUACGAGGCGCUGAAGGGGCGGCAUCCGAUGGGGCGGCUUGGGCAGCCGGCGGAUAUAGCGAACGCCGCGCUGUUCCUGGCGUCGGACGAGGCAGCAUUCGUGACGGGCGCGCCGCUGAUUGUGGAUGGGGGAUAUACGGCACAGUAG